UGUGUUUUGUAUUUGCUGCGCAGCAAUUGUCCACAUGGCGGAGGCCGACCACUUGAAAGUAGAUCGUAAUGGCGCGGGUUCGUGUGCUCUGAGGCAGUCGGUUUUGCAUCGAUUUUUCUAGUGUUUCAAGACCACAUGUGCCCCAAAGAGACACACAGAAGCGAAGAUGAGGAAGAACUAGAGCAUUUAUCAAUAAUACGAUGGUUUUGGGAGGUAACACAUGACGAAGGUGACUUAGGCGGAUUAACAUGCCUAUACAUCGGCCUACGACGCUGUCAAUAUGACUGCUCCAGGACACAUAAUGGAGCUUGAGGAGACCUCACACAGCCAGACAGCCUACCUGUGAUUGCACUGCCUUUGAGAAUCUGAAACCAUUGCUGAAGAUACCAGUAAGCCACUGGCAACUGCUUAGUGCUUAGUGCCUGUCACCUGAGAGAGGCUAUUGGAGGCUUAUCAAAGAACCUGGCACCUGGUGCUGGCUCAGCCAUGCUCAGUGUGCUGACUGACUCUCCUGUGGCACCACUGGUGCUGCUGGUGCUGACCUGCUGUGUUGGUGACCUGGCCCUGCACCUGACGGCCGCCGCCGGCCCCUGCUGGCCGCGCGCCGUGCUCGAUACGGCCACACACGGCCUGGUGGCGCUGUUCACGUGGACGGCCGUCACCUGGAGCACUGUCAGCUGGAGGCUCGCCGCGCUGGCCGGCUUCUGCGGUGCCGUGAUCGAUCUGGACCACGCGCUGAUGGCGGGCAGUCUGAACAUCGAGGCGCUGGUGAGCCUGCCGUCGCGGCCGCCGCUGCACGCCACCAGUCCGUGGCUGCUGCUGCUAAUACCGCUGGCAGUGGGUGGCCGCGUCUGGCGCACCGGCGCCGCCCUGCUGCUCGCCGCUGGACUGUCACACCAUCUCCGUGACGCCGGUCGCCGCGGCCUGCUGCUGCCGCCUCUCGGCUCCACGCCGCCGCUGCCGACACCGAUCUACCUGACCCUGGAGGUGGUAUUGUGCCUGGGGCUGCGGCACGCGCUAGGUAGUGCCACUGUCCCCGCUGCUGGUCGGACGGUACUGGACGCAGCGCGGUUAUUGUCGGUGUGAUUGGAGGUGAUGGGUCGCGGGUGAACCAGACAACGGAGGACGAUGGAUCGAUAUCUGUCGCAUGACGGGCUACCGUGUAUUUAACGGGUAUGCGAUGCUUGCGAGAACCAUAUUCAUUAUUUAUUGUUGGAAAAGUUAUAUAGCUGUCGAGCCGACUUACUUGUUAGUACUUCAAGUACCGAAAGGGCUGUGAAUUACUGAUGUUCAGUGGUCGUUUCGCUAUGGUGUUGGGUAGGGCUAUUCCGCCUCUUUCAUUGCGCAUCUGUGAUAACUCCUACGUCCUGUAGAUCUGCCGGUCAAUUUUCGCGUUCGCUACCAAAGAUCGGACCGCCAGCAUACAGACCCUUUUGUACUGUGCCCAGUCCAUUCGCACUGCCUUGUGUUUGUUAUUAAAGUGAAUAUAUCAAUGUGACAAUUGCG